CUAUAGUAAUUUAUGUUUGAGCUUUCAUUCAAACUCGAAAUUUAGGAGUUCAUUUGAAGAAAGCUUAUAUUUUCCAUUAAUACGUUGAUUCUAGGACAUAAAAUGUUAGGGAUUGUACAAACAUAUUGUUCCAUGUAUGUUUAUAGCGACUUGGUCAAGCUCCAAGUAUAAGUUACUUUGAGUUUAGCUCGGAUAACUUCAAUUAGUUGUUUGGUCGAUCAAUUUAGUAAAUCAUAUAUGAUACAUUUUGUAUAUGACUUACAACGAUCGAUCGUAUUACUCCUCGGGGUCGAUCGGUUUCAAAGAAAGAUGUUCACACCAGCAAUAAAUUGCAAAAAUGGAGAAGGAAAACAGGGAUCAGGAUCCUUGUGGCCGGCACACGGUUUUUGCCCCCCUCGAUCUAGAAACCACCCAACUAUAUGGACUAGGGUCGUGGAUAAAAAACCCCCAACGACGACCAACUAUGUUCGAUGCAAUGAACUUAUAUAUAUGUGGAAAGAAACCUCUGAAUCAAUCCCUUACAUUACGCAAAUUACAUUUUCAUUUGUGUUAUGAUUGAAGUGGAAAGUGGAAAAAACAAAAGUGGAUUUUCAUUAUAUAAUAGUGGUGUCAUAAACAAACAAGUGCUUAUCAAUGGAGAUCGCAAGAGAUAGUCCGUUUUAUAUUAGGUUUUGUUUUUAGUUAGGUGUUAGUUAAGGGAUUCAAACUUGAGAUUUCCAUGUUCAAUUCAAUGGUAUUAUCAUUGGACCAAUCCUCUUAUUCGGAAUAGAGGUUUUCAUAGUUACCGUACAACCAUACGUGCCUAUAUGUUAUUGGUCCAUUUUAGUGAAGAUUAGAUGUUGAUCUGUUGUAAUUAGUUCACAGAACCUUGUAGAUAUUGCUUCGAAUUGUUCGGUGAAAAAUUUAAUGAGAAAAUUGCUCGAAUCUUAGAUUUCUUCUUAAUAUCAAAUGAGGUACAAAUGAUCUAAAAUCUUAGGAUAACCCAACAAUUUUAAAUUGAAAAAAUAGAAUCUACAAUUAUCUCAAUCCUAAAAAAUUUCAAAGACUAUUUACUUUCCUCAUCAAAGUAGUUGGAUUAUUAAAAGAGAGAACCAUGGAAAAAAGAAGUGGUGUGGACACAUGCAUGCUAUGAGUCGUCUAUUCAAAGUCUUCCAUAAAAGAGUGUAUUGGGGGGGUUCCUUAUCCCUUUUCCCCUUUCAUAAAGAUUCUCCCUACUAACUUUGUCCAUACAAGUUGCAAUCUAGGAAGCCAUAUUUUUAAUAAGCCACGUGGAUUAAUACUUUUCCAAAUCUCGUCCCAUAUAAGAUUAUUAGCUAGCUUCAAUCAUUCCGAGUUGUCUCUUACACACCCCCAAUUUCGAACGAAAGCUAAUUAAUAAGAAUUCAAAACAUACGAUCACCUUAUUAAAUUAAUUCUCAUACAAUGUCAAGAACCAACUGACAUUGUAUGAGAAUGGAUAAACAAAUACUGGGAUUUGCCCUAAAAACUACACGAAUAUAUCCAAAAGAAGAGAGACUACGUAAUAGAUAAAGCAAUUACUAAUUAGAAUUCAUAGACCACAAGGCCUUUGAUAUUUGUGACCAAAAGAGGCAGAGAAAGUGGGGGGUAGGUGGGUUCUUGAAUGGCUAUAAAUAUCUCCCAUCCAUGGUGUUAUUUUACACAAACAUCAAACCCAACCCGACUCGAACCUCGCAGAUCGAUAAACCAUGACUACAUCUUCUUCUUCCUCUUCCUCUUCCUCUCAGCUGGCUGCAGCUGCUCUGCUGGUUUCGGUGGCAUGCUUCAUUGCGGCGACGAGCAAUUACCACGUCGAGGCGGCGGACCCGCCGCUGGUGCAAGGCAUGUCGUGGAGCUUCUACACCUCCACCUGCCCCAAGCUGGAAUCCAUCGUAAAAACACGGCUCCAGGAGGUGUUCAAGAAGGACAUCGGCCAGGCUGCCGGCUUGCUCCGCCUCCACUUCCACGACUGCUUCGUCCAGGGAUGUGAUGGGUCGGUGUUGCUGACUGGAUCCGCCGGCGGGCCCAGCGAGGAGCAAGGCGCCCCGCCCAACCUCAGCCUCCGACAGGAAGCCUUCCGCAUCAUCGAAGACCUCCGAGCCCGCGUCCACAAGGAGUGCGGCCGCGUCGUCUCCUGCUCCGACAUCCUCGCCGUCGCCGCCCGCGACUCCGUCGCCCUGUCUGGUGGGCCCAGCUACAAAGUCCCCCUGGGCCGACGCGACGGCCUCACACUCGCCACACGCGCCGCCACCCUCGCCAACCUCCCACCUCCGACGUCCACCACCGGCCAGCUCCUCACCGCCCUGGCCCCAAAAAACCUCGACCCCACCGACGUCGUCGCCCUCUCCGGCGGCCACACGAUCGGGAUCAGCCACUGCUCGUCCUUCACGCGCCGCCUCUACCCGGCCCAGGACGCCACCAUGGAUCAGACCUUCGCCGGCAACCUCAAGGCCGCCUGCCCGCAGGCCGCCACCGUCGACGGCACCGUCAACAUGGACAUCCGCUCCCCCAACGUGUUCGACAACAAGUUCUACGUCGACCUGAUGAACCGGCAGGGGCUUUUCACCUCCGACCAGGAUCUUUACACGGAUUCGAGGACCAGAGGGAUCGUGACCGGUUUCGCCGUUAACCAGUCGCUGUUCUACGAGAAGUUCGCGGUGGCGAUGGCGAAGAUGGGACAGCUCGGCGUGUUGACCGGGUCGCAGGGCGAGAUUCGCGGGAACUGCUCGAGGAGGAGCACUGGGGUGGAAUCGGUGCUGGAGUCUGCGGUGGAGGAAGCCGUCGAGAUCCUCGCUGGGUUUUAAUAUAAGUACGAGCUGAGAUCGUUGGAUUAAGUAAGAAAUUUUUUUUUUGAUUUCAGUUGCGCUGGAUCUAUGUGUGUGCGAUUGAGAUUGAUGUUUUCCGGCGCGUGAAAAGGGUUUCGUAUUAUAGCAGUAAUCGGAGUUGGUUUCGAGAUGGUUGAGGAAGCGAUAUGGGUGAAAAUAAAUAAGCGAAUUAGUAUGUAGGCAUCGUAUCGUAGAUUGCAGUUUUCUAAUUAUGUGUUUUUUUGUGUUGAUGUGUUCGGAGCGAGUUCUAUAAAAGCGUAUCAAAAGUUUAUAUGAAGAAAAUUAGUGGGAAUGCAGUUUGUACUGAAGUCGUGAUUUGUGAUUCAACCAUUUUCGUGUAUCUUUAGAACUGUUUAUCGACGUGGGAUUUGAAAUCCUGUAUUUCCUAUCCGACUAGCCAAUACAUACGAUUUUUAAAUGCUUUGAAUAACAUGCAGUUUUGUCGCUGAUUUAUGUUUAUUUUGCACAUGCAAAUCUAUCAAUAUUUUACUAUGAAUUAGAGGUGGUGUUACUUACAAAUUACAAUUCAUGCACUGGGCCCAAGAACUGUGCAUAGGCCCAAAGUUCGAAGGAUUAAACUACUGGGCCUUAUGCUUAAUGAUUUUGGCCUAAUGUGAGUGUUGGGGCAAUCAAAUAAAUUCACGUGUAUCACUAGAAACAAAAUUGCAUUCCAUUUUCGUGUGUGUUGUAAUUUCAAAUAAUUUUUUUUGUGUGUGUUGGUACUGGCAGUACUUAAAGCAAUAACGCAACUUCGAGGCUAUGGGUUUUAGCAAUCCUACCGUAGUCAGUGGCGGAUUCAGAAAAUUUCCACAAGGGUGUUCUUUUCAAAAAUUAAAUUAAAUUAUAUAACAAAUUAAAUAAUUUGUAUAUUAAAAUAUCAUACUUGUAUAAUUUGUAUAAAUUUUUUAUUAAAUAAUAAAUUAAAAUUCAUAUUUUGAAAAAAUAAUAUAAAUAAACUCUGUGUCUGCACUAUUCAAAAAAAAAUCUACAUAUCCUACUAGACAAUACUUCACGAACUUAUCACAUAUUCGAAUUCUAACAUUGUUCUUAAUGUAGCUCAAAGUAGAAAAGACUCUUUCAACACUUGCCGUGUAACAAUAAAAUCAAUUCAAAAUUAAGGGUAGCGUGUACGUAGUUUAGUUAUUAGGUAUUGAAAACAGUUGGGGGAUAAAGAAAUAGCGUUUUACUGUUGCAUGAUGUUUAAAAUAGAAUAACAAAUGAGUAGCAACAUAAGUAGAAUAUGUUUGAUAAUAGUAGUGUCCUAGGUUGGAAUAACACGGACUACCACUUAUAUUUUGUUAAUCAUAAGCUAACUAUUAUCGAGAGUAGGAUAAUCAUUUUUUCAAAUGUUAGGGUGUCCCGGAUUACCAAUUAUAUUUUGUAUACCCAUACGAAACUACUAGUGGAGGUUGGAUAAUCGUUUCCCCAAAUUUUAGCGGUGUCCCGGGACACCCCUAGAGGCCCAUGUAUCCGCCCCUGACCGUAGUGGCGGGUUGGAUUGCAAAGAUUGGAAUACCAUAUUUAAUUUGAUAGGUAAUUUUAAUGGUAAGAAAUGGUUAAAUACGAU